AUUACCUGGUGUUUACAGAUUAAAAUGUGGUGAGAUAAAAUCAAUAAAACUAGUGUAUAUAUACAUCCCUUUAAUUACCAGAAUGGAACGAUAUAAAGAUCAGAACUACGCUAAACUAAGGAAGCAUCACCAGGAACUCGGAGUUCCUUGGACAGAUCCUUUAUUCUCACCUAACAAUUCUUCUAUUGGUCUCAAGAAGGUAUCGGAGCUGCGUGGUCUGGAGUGGACAAGGAUCGGAGAUAUCUGCUCCGAACCUAGGCUGGUUAAGGACGGAGUUGGCAGACAUGAUGUUAUUCAGGGAAAACUUGGUAAUUGUUGGUUUGUAGCAGCUGCCAGUGUUCUUGCAGGUGUAGAGAAGCUAUGGGAGCGUGUGCUCCCAGACCUAGAGGAGCAGGAUUGGGAUCCGGAGAACAAGGAUAAAUAUUCAGGAGUAUUUCGAUUCCGGUUCUGGAGGUUCGGAGGAUGGGUUGAGGUUCUAGUUGAUGAUUAUCUACCAACAAGGGAUGGAGUACCCGUGUUCACCUACAGCAGGGAUAAAGGGGAGUACUGGGGAGCACUCCUAGAGAAGGCAUAUGCAAAAUUGCAUGGUUCCUAUGAAUGCUUGGAUGGAGGGAAUCUCUCUGAUGCUCUGGUAGAUUUUACCGGAGGAGUAGCUGAACUAAUACAGCUCCAUUCAGAUACUGGAGACCAACUUGUUAAGGAUGAUGAAUCCAAAGCUGAACUGUUUGUGAAACUAAGCAAGGAGAUUGGAGAGCAUGCUUUAAUCUGUUGUGCAAUAAGAGGUGGAGGGGGCGCUAGUGAGGAGAGAACUGAAAUGGGUUUAGUUAAAGGACAUGCUUACGGAGUAACUGCUCUCAAGAAGGUUCCUAUUGGUUCUUCAGGACUCUCUUCACUCUUUAAAGGACGUGAGAAGAUUCCACUUGUGCGUCUCCGAAAUCCUUGGGGAGAGAAAGAAUGGAACGGGGCAUUCAGUGACAGGCUAGGGUUGGGUGGGACGGGUCGGCUCUACUCUACCAGUGAACUGACCCGUCUCUCUUCCAGGUCUCCAGAGUGGAAAAUGAUAACAGAGAAGGAACGGGAAAAGCUUGGCCUUGUUACAGAGGACGACGGAGAGUUUUGGAUGCCCUGGGAUGACUUUGUUUCUGAGUUUACCGAUCUAUCAAUCAAUCAUCUCAUCAAUACUUCACUAUUCUCAUUCUCCAAAACCUGGAAGGAGUUUUUUAAGGUAGAACACUCUUUUAAUGUUGUUAGAGAGAAGCUGGUUAUUGGGAUCCAUCUUCUGAAGGUAGAAACCAACCGAAGGUUCAGGGUUCAUGAUAAACUCAAGAACGGAGAUAUUGGGAGCAGUGACUAUAUCCGGUCCAGGCACGUGUUCUACCGAACUAGGUUGAAGGCUGGACGGUAUAUCGUAGUUCCAACAACAUUUAACCCUGGAGAUACAGGACAGUUCCUGAUCAGGUUAUUUGGUGAUGAUGUAUCUGGUUUGGUUGAGCUGGAGGGCGAUGAACCACCAGACCCUCCUUGUCUUUUCUGUGGUUGUCAAGCUAAACCUCAGAUUGUGACAAGAUUAACGAUAGAGUCGUUGGAAGGAUUACCCAAGAAAAGUAUUGGAGGUUGUGAUCCCUACUUGAUAGUUCGGUGUGAAGGAGAGACGGUUAAAUCUCCAGUAAUCAAGGAUAAUGUGUCUCCAACCUUUAAUUUCUCAACAAUUUUCUACAGAAAACUAACCCAGAAACCAAUCAAAGUUCAGGUUUGGGAGAAAGGUCUCCUCAUGGACAGUUUUCUCGGAGAAUCUCGGGUUGAGGACGGAGACGGGAGCAAGGACAGAGUCAAAGAGAACACAGAUAAUCCUUUCGGAGAAGAGGAGACAACAAGAACAGUACGUGCUGUACAGCUGUACAACCGAGGUCGGAAAAAGGAGGAAACUAUGCCAGGGACAAUAAAACUCAUAAUAGAAAGUCGGAGAGACCUCUCAGCAUUUUGAAGCGCUUCCUUUUCUUAUUUUUGAUAAUCACCGAUCUGUUUUUUUUCGCAAGCUGUCCAUUUUUUACACGGUAUAUUAACUUCAAAUUUUUUUUUUAAUCAAUAUGUAAUGUACUCAAUGUAAUGUAAUGUAACCAAUUAUGAACGUACAAUUAUUAAUCAUUUGUAAAAAAUCAUUAGAAACUUAAAAUCUCGUAAAUCUUUGAAAUACAGAACUAACUUCGUCCGUUUUACAUUAUGCACUAACAAUAUGUUUGUUAUUUUUUAUUUACAUUAUCGAUGGACCAUGAUGACUUUGUAAUGUUGACAUUUUUUCAAUUUUUUUUAUUUGCAAACCAUUGUUCACAAUUAUACAAUCAUAUAUAUGUAUAUUCAUUUGCUGUGCCUUGAAAAUUUGGCCUUAUUAAUAUGUUGAGUAUUUUUUUGUGUGUACAAUCAGAAUUAUAUUUUUUGUGAUUUUUAAACUAAUUGGUGCUAUAACUGUUGGAAUUUAACAAUUAUCAAUUUAAAAAAGUAAUCUCGUUCAAUUUAUAAUAUUAAAAUGUAAUUUGCUC